CCUUCAGCAGCGUUGUUGACUUCCUCUGCUUCAUCUUCCUCUGUGAUAGCUGAUGACCCUUGAUACAGGCGGCAGGUGACCGCAAAAUUAGCAAAAAGGGUACGUUUCCAACGGCGAAGAGGUCAUAACUGGUGUGUUCGGCGCCGAAAACCUCCUUCCAGCUCGUAUUAUCCAUUCCCAGUGACCGCAAAAACCAUCUGGAAAGUGGUUUUCGGAAUUGGAGACGCUAGAUGUGGCUUCUACUGCGCAGAAAUCCCUUACUACUCUCUCAUAGCCGGAGUAGUCCCCGGAGAGAGUUCCGAUUUCGGGCCGGAUCCAUUAACGGUUGCAGUUGAGAAGGAUGUGAUCGACCGGCGCCUCUCACCUCCGACUGCUGACGGUCUAGCGUUUGGAAGAAUUAUUUGGAUAAUCAUUUCCAGUUUGAUCCAAAUUGCAGGAGAUCAUGAAUGAUCCUGGCAGAAUCAACGCCAUGAUGGUUCAACAACUCAAGGCUGCAUCGCGGUAUGUACAAAUUUUGAGGAUAAACAUAAAAAGAGAUAUAUGGAUUCUGUUUUAGGUGUUUGUGUUCUCCUAUCAUAAGUUUUUAGCUUUAAUGUAUCAUUUCAUGAACACAAGAAGGGCACUGUGCACAUAUCCUAAAUUCUUUAAGGCCAUUGAUGAUAAGGAGAAUAAACCACAACGAAGCUGUGCAAUAAAACAGUAGGCAUGUGACUGCUUUAACUGGUUGGACUAGUUCCUUGUUUGUCGUGCAGUGCUUUUAAUUUUUUUAC